AUGCAUCGCUGGGGCAUAUUACGUGCCUUAAGCGCAGCUUACAGGGAAUAUCAAAUGUGCAUUGUUUUGGAAGUUUGUGAACCAUACGAGAAAGUGCUGAUAAAUAUUUGUAUGCUUUUAAUCCUUGGCAGUCUUUGUUAUAUAAUAUUGCUUUUAAUUCCUGGAAAUUUCAUCACUCUCUACUAUUUUCUAUUUGACUGUUUCAAAUGA